AAAAAAUCAAGUUUUGUCUAUAGCCAAAAUGGAAGAAAUGGAUUGACAAGUUUGUAAUUUUCAUCAAUUUUACUUUUCGGGUUCGCAAAUGUUUCUUGUGCUAUUACAUUGUAAAAUAAUUCCCAUUAAAGCCGGAACUUAUAGGUGUUUGUGUCCAUCCCAUGUAAAGUGAAAAAUAAUUAUUUAAGGUGUCGCAACAAAUCGAAAAAUAGCUCUGGUAUGAUGAUAACAAAAGAUAUAAAAAUCCAGCCUUGUCUGGUUUUGUGCUCUUUUUCGUCACAUGUGUACUGUAGGGAUUAACGAGUCAUGAGUGUUCGAAAUCAAGAAAGUUCAGUGCCGUGUACGUAACUGUACGAAGGAGAGAUUAGAAGGUUUGUGACGUCACUAGAGCGAAAAGACAAUAAAAUCUCGCUGGUCCGUGUGAUGUUUACGAGUCUCCGCUGGUGAGUGUCGCCCCAAUACCGCUGGUGCAGUGAGGGGCGGGUUCCGGCGCGCAGGGGGUCCCUCGCGAGGAUGGGCGGCGAUGUCUGCCCCCUCCGAUAGCGCUGCGAGCCCUUCACCAUGUGCGUGCACCAAUAUAUCGCUUAUGCAACUGUUCCAUGAGUUGAAACAGAAGUUCCCGGGCGUCCCCGACCAUGUUGUUUCCAAUACCAUCGAACUGUACUGUCACGACAAGAGAGCUUGUGAGACACACCUCCACAGCGAAAUCAAAGCCUCCUUAACGCACGCCUACCACGCCUCCUCGUCGGCCGCCGCGCGCCAGCUCAGCAAGCUGCGGGACAACCUGCCACUCAAGUGUCGCAACCAGCCCUUAGUUAAGUACGAGGUCGCCAAAACAACAGCUGUCGAGUCAACUUGCCAAGCGCCGCAGCAGGCUGUGAUAAGUAACACUGAACCAGAUCACGAGCUGCCUAAACUCAAACUAAACACAGAUGCAAACCAAAAUGUUGUUGAGAGUAAAACAAACGAAAUAAACAAUCCUCUGUCUCCAGUAACUAUCAUAAAUAUAGACAACUGUUUUGCAAAGUAUCACGCAGAGUCACCCAGCGAUUUAGAAUUAACUAAUGAGAAUAACACACUAGAGAUAAAAACGCUAACCGAGGACCCCAAAGAAUGUAAACAACCUGAGCCUAUUAAAUAUGGUGAGCAACCAGAGAGUACAAACUACAAAAUUUUAAAAAGCAAUAAGGUAAAGGCUAAUUUAAAUGAGAAGUUAAUUAAAAAGGAGGUCAAAGAAAAGAAAACAAUAAAAAAAGAUUCCCCACAGUUAAAUUCUCCACAAGAGAAAGCUCUACCAGAGAAAUCUCUGCAAGAAAAAGCUCCACUAGAGACAGCUUCACAAGAGAGACCUCCACAGGAGAAAGUUCUGCAAGAGAAAGCUCUGCAAGAGAAAGCUCCACAAGAGAAAGCUCCACAAGAGAAAGCACCACCAGAAAAAGCACCACCAGAAAAAGUUCCACAAGAGAAGCCCCAGCGUCCCAACACAUUAAACUUUAUCAAGCCAAUUCCAGACAUUGCAUUUAAAGAGAACCUAAAACAACCAGAUACUGAGAACUGUAGAACUGUCUCUCCCGCACCAUCGGUACACAAACCAGAGAGCAAGGAAAAGAAGCCUGAUCCAAGUCCCUACAGACCCGGUUAUCCUUUAAACUUAUCUGUGAAUGUUAACUGUCAUAUGGACAUUAGUCAUGGUUAUGGGUUAGAAGAUUAUGAUAGUCCUAGAGCUAUAACAUCAGUUAAUUUGACAGUUUGUACACCUACUUCCAACAUGGCGAGUCCUGUGAGGGAUACAAGGGACGAGGAUGGUGGGUUCGAAGGGCAUGUGACUGUGACGGUGAGCCCUAGUACUGCACCACCACCGUAUGUUAGACGCAGGGCUCCUGCUCCACCACCAACGCGGAUAGAGUCCCCCAGACCUUCAAGACCAGCUCCUGCACCUCCAGGACAACCGAAUGAUCACAACCUAAUAGAGCGUCAAAAGGAGCGGCUGGCGAGAUUAGCAUCAGCUCUAGCGCAGGAGAAGGGCUGUUUGAGCCAGUUGAACCGCGAGACGCAGAUCCUGGCCGCGUCGCCGCCCACGCCCAGCGCGGCGCAGCGCCUGCGGGACUACGUGGAGCGACUGCGGGACGAGUGCGACACGCUCGCCAAGAGACUUGAGAUGCGGGGUAGUGCUCGUGUAAUGCCCGUUGCAGAGCCGGAUGACAUGGGGAACUUUUACAGCAACAUCUACACGGGUCAACGACCCACCGCCUCCUGGCAGUGCCACAUGUGCACUUUCCGGAACCACCCGCUCCUGGACAAGUGUGAGGAGUGCGACAUGCCCCGGAUAUUUGUAGGUACGUCCCCAGCAAUGACACACGACUCAGGGUUUGGCUCGUUCAGAGACAGGAAUAGACGAGGUGUAAUGCAAUCUACGGAUGUGACCGAUGCACCUAUCUCCAGCAUUGUUAGCGACUGUCGAGCAGUCAAUGCAUAGUGAAACAGUGUGGUGGGUAACGUCUCUAUAAACCUGUUUAAGACAAUAGUGACUACAACACCGAAUGUAAAAAUUGAGUGUUAAGUGUUUUAACUCGAACAAAGUGUUUUUUUUUAUGGAGGCUAUACUAAAAGAGUGUUGUGCGUGAAACUUGAAACUUAACCUAGCAUGUGGCAUGACCACUCAAAGAUUAUGCCAGAAUGUUGAGACGUUUAAAAAAUUGGCAUCAUCUUGUUUUUUGUUGUUAAAUGUUCCUGAUACCAGACAUUUCUUGCAUGUGCGUUCGACUGUUCGUCUGUUUUUACCUUUGAAUUAACUUUUAUAUUGUAAGUUUAAUAUAUCACAAUUUUUUUUUGUUACCCUACUGUAUGCCAUUAGUUAAGGUACAGUUAUGGGAAGCCAUUUUGAAUGUAAGUAUAGCUAAAAAUACCAUAAUUUCACAGAAAUAUAUAUUAAUGAGUAUAAAAUUAAUACUAAAUUAAAGAUUAAUUUUUUAUUUGUUAAUUUUCUGUGAAAAUACGGUUAUUUUUUACCAAAUUUUUUGCUGCCAAUACUGCAAAGUUGACUUUGUCUAUUUAAGUUGUAGUUAUUCCAUUUAAGGAAGGCUUUUUGGAUUUAAAUAUAGUAGUCAAUUGACAGAAGAAACGUUUUUCGUAUUAAGGAGCGUCAGCAAACCAAAUAACACAUUUUUAACCAUGCUUUAUUUUUGGUUAAAUUUCUUUUUUUACUUGGUUCUUUUACAAUAAUUUAUUUAAACUAAAACAUGAAAAUUUAAACUAAUUUACUUAAUGGAUCUAAGUAUUUAUUACUUAAAUGUCUUGAUAUUGACGAAAUUUUACGUUUUAGUAUAGUAAUGUUUUUGGAUUGUGAUGAACUGUUAUCAGAACAGAACUAAUAUGGUAGAGGCGGUUUACCUUGAAACCUUUUUACCAACAAGCCGUUGGUUAGGAAUAGCAACCAAUCACAAGUAGAUAAUAAUUUAAAUAUAUGUUUCUGAUUUGCUAACGCUACUUCAGUUUCCUAAACGCGUCUGUCUUCACAAAUUAUAGUAUGAGAUCCGGCAUAAGAAAUAUAUACCCUCAUCUGUUAUUUAAUCGGGUUAAGAAAUAAAUUAUAGAAAAUAUUCACAUUGACACAUAAGUGGUCUAGUUAAAUUGAGGCCGAACAGUAUUAAAUAAUUUUUUUAAAUUUAUUUAAUCUCCUUCCCUCAUUGGUUAGUUGAAAAAAUCGUUUUUUUAACACACAAGAUAAUAAUAUAUACCCAAAAGUAAAGGCUGCCUGCUUUCACACUGUGGGAUUGCCAGAUAUAAAUAGUUAAGUAAUGAAAUUUAUAUAGCCUCUUCAGGUAUUUAGUCAUCUAAUAUGUCAAUUGAAAGCUUAAUUUAACUUUAUAAGGUGCCUUUUGAUCUAAUUCUUGGUUUCCUAGAUUUUGUAUGAAAAAUGUGUUUGGCCUCAAUUUAACAACUUUGCCAGCGGCUGAUUUUAAUGCUGUUAAAUCCACUUUCCACAGCGGUUUUUGGCAAUAUUGAGAGGAGUAUACACAAAAAAGUAAUGUAGCUAUCAAUAUAAUUCUUUUUCUAUAUGUAAUAUACUAAUCUACUAUUAAAUUAAUACAUAUUUUUAGCAAAAAAAAUGGGACAAAAAAAAGGGGUAUAUAUUUCUAAUGCCCCAACAUAGACCAUUGCAAACAUUCUUCUAAAAUGGAAUAACUCUACAUAUUAUUUUUAAUUCAAGGAAUUUAAUAUAAAAUUAAACGAUUGCCUUAAAUGCGGCCUUUUAGUGUUAAAACUUAUAAAUACACAUAAAUAUACACUUAUAUGUGAUAGAUUUGUCUAAUGUAAGGAGUUUAUGAAUUUAUGAGAUAGAUGUAUAUUUGUUACAUUACUUAAUAAUUAGGUUUUUAAUUAUUAUUUAAUAGGGAUAUUUAUUUGUUUUACCUAUUAUUAUUAUUAUUAGGCAGAUUAUUAUUAAACGGAACAUCACUCGUUGUCUGGUCAGAUUUUGAGGCAUCACAAUUUUACAAGAUCUCAUUCAAAGACUAUUUGAAGCGCCUUGCCAAAAAAUGAAUUGUUUAAAAAUUAUUAUGUACAUUUUCUGGUAUAGUCUAGCCAUAUUUAUAAACUAUUGCUCAACUUGCUGUUUUGCUUAGAUGAAAAAUAAAAAACUAAAUAGAAAUUAAAAGUAAAUACAUUUUUACUACAAACAUCACAAACAGUAUUUUCAAUAUUAACAAAAUAUGAUUGUACUAUUUAUUGGAAUUUAUAAAUAACGGAUUUAUUAUGAGAUUUAUAGUUAGAAUAUCUAGUAUACUCUUAAAUCUUUUUAGUGUGGAUUUGAUGGUGAUAAAAUAACUGAAAGCAAUAUUUUAUUUGUUAUUAUUAGAGGAAAUAUUCGGGACGGUGCUGUUUAAGCUGAAAUUAUCUUGUGUGCAUAAUAUUAUAUUUGUCAAAUUAUUUGGGGAUGGACGCCCAUGGAUUUUAAUACAAUUUUAGAUGUUAAUUAUUUGUAAAUUUCUACGACUAGAUCACAAUUAAAUUAAAAUGUGUGAUAAAUAAAAUUAUAUUUCCUUGCAUCCUUGUUCAUAUAUGAUAAUUAAACAAAGGUAGUGUCCUUAUUUGGUUGGUAACUAUGCGCACUAUUUUUAAAGAAAAUUAAAAUAGGAAGUCAAAAAAGUACUUCUUAUUACUCGUAAUGCCACCUCAGACCUCCAUCUUGGACAUCUCUCAUUCCUUUUUUGUGCGCGGUAACUAUCGCACGCGUCUCUUACAAAAAAAAAAAAAAAAGAAAGAAAGAAGUUUUUUUCGUUAAUAUAGUUAUAUAUGUUAAUAUUUUCAUAUGCCUUCAAAGGUAAAGUGUAAAAUCAGUGAUCAGUGAAGAUUCGAAAAAUAUCGGAAGAGAAAAUAUCUUCGUUAGAUUUUUUAUAGUCCGACAAAGAAAGUUAGGGAAGUGUUUGUCGAUGAUAUUUCAGUCAGUGAAUAAAAAUAUAGUGAAGUGUUUCAUUGCAGGAAAUAAUUGUAGAUUAACGAAUUAAUCAUAAUAUUUCACUUUUUUCAUAAUAUUCCAAAAUAUCCGAUGUAUCCAGGUUGACUGCGAGUUUUCAAGGAUAACGGAUGGAAUAUUUGUUAACUGAUAUUAAGGAGGUAUCCGGGUUGACUGCGAGUCUUCAAGGAUAAUGGUGGGCAUACGGAUUAACUGCGAGUUUCUAAGUUUGCCAUAAUACCUACUCCAAAUCAUAAAGAGAUAUUGGAAAAUCUGCCAGUAUUUAAUGUUAUUGCAAUUAAUUACAAUUGACUGUGAGUUUGGGUAUAAUAUUCUAAAAUAUAAGGAGGUAUCCGGGCUGACCGCGAAUUUUCAAGGAUAGUGGUGGGCAUUCGGAUUAACUGCGAGUUUCUAAGUUUGCCAUAAUACCUACUCCAAUUUACAAAGAGGCAUUGGACAAAACUGUCGGUAUUUAAAGUUAUUGCAAUGCAUUUCAAUUGACUAGGAGUUUGGUUAUAAUAUGCUAAAAUAUAAUGACCGAGAGUCAUCAAGGAUAAUGGUGGGCCUUCGGAUUAACUGCGAGUUAAUAAGUUAGCCAUAAUACCUACUCCAAACUAUAAAGAGAUAGACAGGGGUUGACAUUUUAUUUAUAAAAUUUAACCAGGGAUCUAGUUUUCAACCAUAACCUAAGCAGAAAAUACGUACAGUCUAAAUUAGAUGUAACGUUCAUCUGCAAUCACAAAUAAUUUUUAUACCCGCAAAAUUUUUUUUUUCCGAAAUAAAAUAGCUUAUUUAGAUAAGAUACCGUAGUAACCGUAUACUGCCGUGAUUCAACCUCGAAAUCGUUUGUAGUUGUACCAGACAAUAUAAAACUGAGGCCUAUAUUGGCCGACAACCCUGAAUAAAAUUAGGACUUAACUGAGCCUAAACUUUCAAAGGCUCCCGCCUCAAUUAAAUCAUCUGAUUAAGACCCAGAAAUAAAACAAUUUCAUAGAGACGGAUACACGUCUCCAUCCACGUUCGAUGCACAUUCGAUGCACGGAUAUUAAGGUGAAAAUUUAUACAAACUGUUAAGUCCGCAAUUUUCAAAGGUGAAUGCAGAAAUUUCUGCUUCUGUACUGGACGUAAUUAUUAAAGCCUAAUAAAAUAAAGUAUAUUUCAGCACAACUGUGCAUAGUCAUCAAUGCCAUCAAAAAAGGCAUGUAAACCUAAAAUCAUUACCCUUCCUUUUGGCUUCGCCGUAGUCGGGUAAAAAGGUCACGACAACGUUAAGGCCUCAAAAGCAAUGUUUGCAACGCUUGCCGCUUGCUUUGUGACUCUCACCAUAAAUAAUUUCAAAAUAGAUUGCAACUGCUAAGUCCUACUUUAUAUAUAUAUUUUUUUUUCAAUUAAUAUUAAUGUGCCAGAAAUGGGACAUUUUUUGCUUAUUGGUGAUGAUUAAGGCCAACAAGGCUAUUGAGAAAAAGGUUUUCUUUAGAAAUAACUCUGAUGACCCUGACCUCGAGGGCCGACCUACCUACGACUUUCUACCAGGGAAACUGGCAUGCGGCCACCUUGUUGUUAGGUGAGCAGGGCGCAAGGAGGAUACAGGAGACAGACUAUAUACUUCGCUGCCCUUUUUUCAGCAUCAGUGCUAUCGCCAUAACGAACUAUCGCCUUGCAUAAGAUCUGUGCCCCGGCGCAGACUCACUAUUAGCAGACAUAACCUCGUACGGUUACGAGUUGGUUCCAAUUUUUUUUUACAGUAGUUGGUUAAAACAACUAACAAAAACGUACUACUGUAUUCGAUCAAACAUGGCUACUUUGCGCCAUUACGUAGUAAAAUUAUUCAGUCUUCAAAAUGCUUGAAAUAAUUUGUAAAUAAUUGCCACAUAGCCCAUAUAAGUGACAAUGCACUUCCAAAUAAAUAUGUAAAUUAAAAAUAAUUUUACCAUUUUUACUUUAUUUUCAAAAUGAAAGAUUAAAGAACAACUUGGGUAAUACCACGUGAUGGACGGGUAUCUGAGCGAAUAUAUAUCAUAAGAACCGCAUAAUAGCCCUAUGUGAAGUUUAUCCGCAUUUACAUAGGAUAAGCUAUGGUAUAUAAAGGGACUCGCACUAACUCUAACGCUUGGGUAAUAAAUAUUUUUUUUAGUCAUCAGGUUACUUAAACGACAUCCUAUGUUUUCGCAAUACACAUGAUGAACAGUACCUUAUAAAACUGUGCUAAGAAGUUAACGAAACUUAGAAACUUAAGCUUCGCCGUCAAAAAAAAAAAAAAAAGAGAAAAGCGAAAAGCAUACCCCGUGUUAUGGGUACUAGCUAAUAUAUCAUAAUAUACGAGUACAUUUAUAUAAUACGUAUAAAUACUUUUAUAAUGUACAUAAUAUACAUCCAGACACUGGAAAACAACAAACUACGCCGCGACAAACGUCCUGUAAUUUUUCAAGAUUUAUAAAAUAUGCUUCUAAAAUCCUUUCAAAAUCCAUGCACUUAUCUAGUUCACUAAGCUACCAACAUGUUCUAUUCGCGAAUUUGCUCAACUUUCAGUGCAGUACUCGUAGCUAAGUAGGUACUGGUGAUGAUCUAUCAUAAUAAGUAGAAAAGUAAAUAGAAAUUACUUGGGGUUUUUUUCUUUUUGUGUUCAUUCACUAAUAAUUAACUAAUUGCGCAAUAGUAUUACGCAUAGAUUGCACAAAUGCAAUAAUAAGUGUUUGUGGGCAAACAAUAUCCUCACCUCAAUCCUGAUUGUUUUGUAAAUGGUUUGUGUGACAGUGUGCGUUCGCAUUAUAUGCGAAUACCAAAUACAAACCUCGACGCUCAUCUGCAAUAGUUAAUUCGGAUAUCGAAUGAUCCCUAUUCAAUAAGCUGUUUGUGAAGUCACAAAACACUUUCCCGGUUAACGGGAUAUUCACUAAUUAGCAUCAUAAUAUGAUGCGAAAUCCCAUACCUAAACUUUAAUGUUUGAUAUUAAAAGACUCUAGAAGAAUCAUUGAAAUACAUUCUACACCGAAAUACUAGGGUUUCCAUAGUGGCCUACACAACUCUGGUUUCCACUCCACCUUAAUAGUUUCAGAUAUUUAUUACUCAAAUCCAGCAUGAAAAUUUUCUACUAACAUAUUUCGAAGAUCAUCUUCUCUUAUGUAAGAGUUUUACUGGCUGGUUCAUCCAGAAUCUAUCUGUUCUGUGUCUGUCCUGAUACUGAGCAUGCUGACAGAACAAUAAAACAGUCUAUCACAUCGCUGAAGCUAUGGCAUAUUGCUAUAUCAAUACAUAACACCCACGUUUUUGAACCCUUUAAGCUUGUUUAUCCUUUAAGCAUGCUUACCUUAACCUACGUCUUAAUUAGAAAAUUUAUCAGUGGUUGUAGUUGUGUGACUACAGCAAUCUCAAUCCCUACCGGUCAGACUUGUCAGCCUUUAAAGGUGACAUUAUAAGUACUGUCGAAUGGUUGAAUGCUCAUUCUUAGAAGGGCUUAUAAACCAACACCCCUAAAUAUUGUAACACUUGGGAACCUCAAGUUACCGAUUAUUCCUGGGAAGAAUCCAAAGAAUCUGGUAAUUUUAUUAGCACCUGUAGACAGGGUUCACACACUAUCUUUAAUAAAGUUAAAUCUUAAAUUGUUAUAUAAUAACAGUGUCAAAAUAAUAUCAACAAAUAUCAUAAAAUCUGCUGCUGCUCCAGGGACCGAUCAGUCUGUUCUAUUUUUGAUAUAUCACACCAAACGUCGGAUAAUAUCUGUUAAAAAAGAUAUUUAAGACCUUCGGGCACAGAUUAGACUAUUAAUAACAUACAAGUAAUCCCAUCAAGUGAAAGAAUGCAAACUGGACAAGAUCAUCCCUCUAUUUUGCCCGAUCUUACUAAAACACUUCUUGGACAAAGCGGAAUCCGCUAGAUCCAUAUACAUAAAAUCUUAAUAUUGUUAUAUGGUAGAUUGAUAGUAAUAAGAAAUUUAGUUCUUGAUUGUAACUCGAAUAGAAAUGAAUGAUAAAAAUCAUAAUUAUAACUAACUUAUGAUUUAUUUCCAAACUUUCUCCCUUUCGCUCUUAACAUCUACCUUUGUUUAAUUAUCAUAUAUGAACAAGGAUGCAAGGAAAUAUAAUAUAUGAUCAAACGAACUUCCAAGUGAAGUUCGAUCAUUAUUAUAUGAGUUGCAUCCUUGGAAUAUAUGAUCACCCACCCUCCCAGAAGCUCUCCCAAAUAAUACAGGAAAGUUUGUACAAGUUACAAUACCUUCUCUUAAAUAAUGAGAGAUGUCCAAGAUGGAGGUCUGAGGUGGCAUUACGAGUAAUAAGAAGUACUUUUUUGACUUCCUAUUUUAAUUUUCUUUAAAAAUAGUGCGCAUAGUUACCAACCAAAUAAGGACACUACCUUUGUUUAAUUAUCAUAUAUUCCAAGGAUGCAACUCAUAUAAUAAUGAUCGAACUUCACUUGGAAGUUCGUUUGAUCAUAUAUUAUUUUCUUAUACAAUGUUUUAGUAAAAAUUUUAUUUAUUACAUGUGAACUUCUAACAAUUAUCACAGUAUGUACCUUCUUGUAUAUUUGUAUUUAUCAAAAUUUACUGUGAUAAGAAUGAUCAUUUCCAUCAUUAUAAUUUAUGUGUGGUUUUUUUUUGGUUUAUCAGUAAAAGUAUUUGUUGCAUAACCAUUUUUUUGGCUAAUAAAUAUUUGAGUAUGGCAACAUUUUUAAUACAAAAAAUAUAGUUAGAAAAAGAUAGUAGUAGAUAGUAAUUGCACAAUAACUAUAUGAGAUUGCGAAUAAGAUUAUAAAACAAAACUAUUGAAUUUUCUACACAAAAUGUUUUUAAUAAUAAAAAAUGAUCAGUAAAUUUUAACGGUUAUUGAAUAAAAAUAAAAUGUUAGAAAAAA